AUGCCCAGGGAUCAGAGAAGAGCACCAGAGUCCCAGAGCCUGCAGUCAGUGCCUGGCCCUGCUGGGAUUCCUAGAGCUGCCUCACACUUGGUCCAGGACUCCUCCCUCAAGAUGAGCAUCAGGACUCCUGCCUCACUCCAGCAUCUGGCCAUGCAGAGUCUGCUGAGCUACCAGGCCCUGGCCACCUCUGGCCUGGAGGAUCUUCCAGUGCUGCUGUUCCCUUGGCUCUUCCAGGAGGCCUAUGCCAGGGGCCACACAGAGGUGCUCAAGGCCAUGGUGCAGGCCUGGCCCUUCUCCUGCCUCCCCCUGGGGGACCUGGCCAAGUCACCAGACCUGGAAACCUUCAAGGCUGUCCUGGAUGGGCUGGACCUGAUACUUGCCAACAAGGAGCGCCCUCAUGCGGUGAAACUACAAGUGCUAGAUCUGCGGAAGGAGAACCCAGACAUCUGGACACAGGGCUACACAUCCAUGGCCCGAAUCGUUCCCUCAGGAGUUCUGAUGGACAGACCCACAAGAAGUCGCCAUUCAGGGAUGACUGAAGAGCAGCCCUUCUUGAUUGCCAUUGACCUGACCAUCAAAAAUGGAGCCCAGGAUGAUCUCCAAGCCUACCUGCUCCAGUGGGCCAGAGAGAAGAAGGAAAGAGUCCAGCUGUGCUCGAGGAAGCUACAGAUUCUCCAGAGCUCCUUGUCCAAAGUCUACAAGACUCUACUGGUGGUGAGUUUGGACUCCAUCCAGGAACUUGUCCUGAAUGAAGUAAGCUGCUCUGUUAAAAUGAUUUUCAAGUUGGCUCCUUACCUCAGGCAGAUGAAGAACCUUCACAUCCUCAAAUGCACCAAGAUUAGGUCCUAUCACCAAUAUACUCAAUUUGAAGAAUGGAUUUAUCUCCACUUCUUCUGGGCACAGCUGAGGCACCUGCAGCACCUGCAGGAGCUUCAUGUGCAUGACGGCUUCUUCUCUGAUGGAAACCUGCCCACUAUCCUGAGGAGACUGACGCCUUUGAAGACCUUGUCUCUGAAUGAACUUAGAAUGCAGGAUGCCGACCUUUGUUUUCUGGCUCAGUGUCCCUGCACCAGGAAACUCAAGCACCUGCAUCUGAGGAAUUUGGUCCUGAACACCUUCAGGCCUGACCGCCUGAGAACCCUGCUGCAGCCAGUGACCAGCACCCUGGAGUCCCUGGCCCUGGAGUUCUGUGACUUCACUGAUGACAGGCUCUCUGCCAUCCUGCCUGCUCUGAUCCAGUGCUUCCACCUCAGCUUCUUCAGUUUCUAUGGAAACAAAAUCUCCAUGGCUGCCCUGCAGAACCUCUUGAGACACAUGUCCAGGCUGCGCCACUUGAGACUAGGGAUCUAUCCUGCCCCUCUAGAGAGCUACCAUCUUUCCCGGGAUCUGAAGCAAGUGCUCUACAGCCCUCGGAGAUUUGCCCAGGUUCAGGCUGAUCUGGCACAGGCACUGACACACAUGGAGACAACCCACAAGGUCCAGAUCUGUGUCAAUAAGGAUAGUAACUGGAGCAAGAAAUAUUUUUCCGACUCAGAUUGUGAAUUCUAUAUCCUGUGCCCUGAUGGCUCCUGGGUGAAAACAAGGAAGGGUUGUGCAGGACUUUCUGCUCUUGCUGAGUAA